AUGGCACAGCAAGACCACGAGAUCUUCAAGCUCGGGGACUGGGAGCUCCAGAGCGGUUCGAAGCUUGUCGAUGCCCAUUUGGCGUAUAAGACAUUCGGCGACUCAAAGUCUCCUGCUAUCGUCUACCCCACCUGGUUCUCCGGAGCCAUUGCGGAUAACCUAUGGCUCAUAGGCGAUGACAAGACCCUCAACCCUAAGGAUUAUUUUAUCAUAGUCCCCGCAUUGUUUGGAAAUGGCCAGUCGACAUCUCCUUCGAAUUACCCGGGAGAAGGCGAGUGGCCAAAAGUCUCCUUCUACGACAAUGUCCGCGCCCAAUAUAAGCUUGUCACCGAGAAAUUUGAAAUCACCCAUCUACGUGCUGUAGUUGGGUGGUCGAUGGGCGGGGGUCAAACCUAUCAGUGGGCAACACAGUAUCCUGACUUUGUGGACCUGGCUGUGCCUUUUUGUGGCUCAGCAAAGACAUCGCUUCAUAACCAGGUGUUCCUCGAGGGUGUAAAGAGUGCCUUGCUAGCGGCCAAGGGUAUCCAGUCAGCUGGAUCUGGCCAAGUUGGUGUUCUUGGAUUUGAGCAAACGCUGAGGAAAUGGAGUGAUGCCGAAAAGCAAGUUGGACUAAAGGCAUUCGGCAGAGGCUAUGCAGGCUGGGGGUUCUCUCAAGCUUUUUACAGAGAAAGGCUGUAUGAGACUGCUAUGGGCUAUAAAGAUCUUGAAGACUUCAUGCAAAAUUUCUGGGAAGCCUGGGCUCUGUCAAAAGACCCAGGAAACCUCCUAGCUAUGGCACAAACUUGGCAGAAUGGAGAUGUUAGCAAGCAAGAGCCGUACAAUGGCAACCUCGAGAAGGCCCUAGCAGCGAUCAAAGCCAAGACAUUGGUCCUGCCUGCGAAAACUGAUCUCUACUUCCCGCCGGAGGAUUCCGAAUAUGAAGUGAAGUGCAUGAGCCCAGGCAUUGGCACUCUUGGGGUCUUCCCGUCUAUUUGGGGUCAUUGGGCAGGCGGCCCAGGAGAUAGUAAGGAUGAUGUCAAGUGGCUUGAUGAGCAACUAUCGAACUUCUUCCAGAAGGACGGUGGUAGUAAUGGCGAAAAGCGAGAGCUUCCUAUACGAUAA